GACAAUGACAACCAGGGAGAAAUUAAGAGAAAUUAAGAGAAGGUGUGAAAUUCUUUAGUCAUCAAUGGAGGGUGUAUUUCAUACACUCCCAUUCCCAUCCACAUUCCCAUUCCCAUUCCCAUUUUGUCAUUCUGUAAAGUCAGUGAACUCUGGAGAAUCCACGGAUUGUUCUUUAUUUGGUUAAAAAUUCCGGUGCUUCGUAGUUCAGUAUGUGCGAAGAUCGAUGCAAGAUGCUCAAAUCUCUGGUUUCUAGGGUUAUUUUAUGUUUUUAUCCGUUGCUGCUAGUCGUUUCUGAUGUUGAAGUUUUAGGUUGGGGAAUUUAGAGCUUUUCGGUUGCUUAUCUGUUGAAGCCUUAGGUCUUAUUUGUAUCGCUUUUGAGGGAAGUCGGUGUUUCUGUUAAGUUGUUUUUGGCUGUAGUUCUUAAUUUAAUUCAUGGAGAAGGAUAAAUCCCUGGGCCAUGGAGGGGGGUUUCCCCCUCCCUCAUCUCGUUACUCUGCUUUUCCUUCUUCCGGGAGUAGCUUUAAUGGUAAAUCUGAAGCCUCCUCGUCGUCGUCGACGAUGCCACCACCAGCCCUCGAGACGGAUUCUAGCCAUUUCAGCAGUGACUUAAGCCGAAUGCCGGAUUUCCCCCCAAAGAAUGUUGGCCACAGGAGAGCCCAAUCGGAGAUACUCAGUCUCCCUGAUGACAUCAGUUUCGAUAGCGACCUUGGUGUUGUGGGUUCUGGAGAAGGUGGUCCUUCAUUGUCAGAUGAUGCCGAGGAAGAUUUCUUCUCCAUGUACAUUGACAUGGAGAAAUUUGGCUCAUCUUCUGCAACAUCUGGAUUUCAAGUAGGUGAGUCAUCUUUGGCACAAGCUUCUGCAGUGGCAACUGGAGCUCCUUCGUCUGAGAACAUGGUUAAUGAGAGACCAAGGAUUAGGCACCAGCACAGCCAGUCCAUGGAUGGGUCAACUUCAAUCAAGGCAGAGUUGCUAGUUCCGGAAGGUGCUUCUUCAGCAGAAACCAAGAAAGCUAUUUCCGCAGCUAAGCUUGCUGACCUUGCUCUCAUCGAUCCAAAGCGUGCAAAGAGAAUCUGGGCUAAUAGGCAGUCAGCAGCAAGGUCAAAAGAAAGGAAAAUGCGCUACAUAUCUGAGCUUGAACGCAAAGUGCAGACACUGCAAACCGAAGCAACUACACUGUCUGCUCAAUUGUCAAUGUUGCAGAGAGAUACCACAGGUCUGACUGCUGAAAACAGUGAGCUGAAACUGCGUUUGCAGACAAUGGAGCACCAGGUUCACUUGCAAGAUGUCCUGAAUGAAACACUCAGAGGGGAAGUCCAGCAUUUGAAACUGAUGACUGGACAAGCCAUUCCAAAUGGUGGUCCCAUGAUGAGUUAUGGACCAUCCAUUGGAGCUAACCAGCAGUUCUAUCCUAAUGGCCAUGCGAUGCGCACCCUCUUAGCUGCCCAUGAGUUUCAGCAGCUUCAGAUUCAUUCUCAGCAGCAGCCACAGCAGUCACUUUUGCACCAGCUUCAGCAGCAGCAACAGACACAGCAACAGCAGUCCCUUCAUCUUCAACAGCAGCAGCAGGAGCAGCAACAACAGCAGGUACAGCAACAGCAAGUUCCUCAACAGCAGGUUCAGCAACAGCAACUUUCGCAACAGCAAACAGCAGACCUGAGAAUGAAAGGUGCAUUGGCUUCUCCAAGCCAGAGGGAUAGCUCAUUGGAUAUUAGCUCAGCAUCUAAGGACUGAGGGACAAUUUGUCUAGUACUAAGGGACUGGCAUCUGUUCAAAUUCAUGGUUUAUUCUGUUAGAUUUUCGCUUAGUAUUAUUUGUCAGAUAGGAAGAACUUUAUUUUCAUAUGAUACUCAAAACCGUUAAAUAGAUUUUUCAUUUGACACCCGUAGAAUAGGAAGAACUUUAAAAUCAAUGGAUGUUAAAUUGAUUUUUCAUAGGAAGAACUUUAGAAAGGGAUUUGCUUAUCCUCACACCCAACGUAGAAUAGCUUAUUGUUCACUUAGAAAUGAAUGUGUAAUUAAGCUGGUGGUGAUAACCUGCAGUUGGCUCCUUAGCCCAUGAAAAAUCAUUUGAUUUUA